AUGAAAUCAUCUUCUAUUGCCGAGUCCUCGGAUGAACUUCUUCACAUGACGGUCUGCUACUUUGGCAAUGAGUUCCCUAACGGGGGUACCAAGGACGUCUUCCGACAGCUUCACAACCACAGCAAAAACAGACACCAUCUUCUUUUGGCCAACUUUAUUGAAGCCGCCACUUUGGUCAUCCGAGAGGAGGUUCGAUCAUUGCCGACCAAGUUGAGAACAUUGUUUCCGCCUUUUGAGACAGUAUUUGGCCUUGCAGACAGUGACGACCUACGCAGUGGCCCUCUCGGUGAUUGUGUGAACGGGAUGCUCAUUUGUGUAGUUCAACUUGCAACCUUGAUCGGACACUAUGAAUGCAGCAGUGGGAGCUCAUUCAAUUCUCAGAGGAUAGACCUAUAUACAGCUGGUAUGGGGACUGGCCUUUUGUCGGCUGCCGCCGUUUCUCUCUCUCAUACAUUGGGGGACUUGCUAUUUGUUGGGUCUGAGGCUGUUCGUAUAGCGUUCAGACUAGGUAUUCUUGUUAAAGAAGUGUCCCAAGACCUGCAACCUUCAACUGGCGGGCAUAAUUGCGAUAGCUGGGCAUACGUUGUUCCAGGAACUUCCCAUGACGAAGUGCAGAACGAGCUUGAUUUGAUACAAGAAGUUGAGACAUUCGCGACCUUUAACAAAGUUUUUAUCAGUGCUUGGAGUCGAGGAUCAGUGACUGUCAGUGGACCACCGGCGCGACUGAAGCACAUGUUUCUCGCAUCUGACUUCCUACGAGACCGGAAGUUCAUUGCUCUGCCAGUCUAUGGUGGCUUAUGCCACGCGAAACAUGUCUACACAAAGAAGCAUGUCAAUCGCAUCAUCCAACCCAAGUCAAUCGAACAACUUGAUGUCAGGCACAUGCCGCGUGCUCUCGUGUUUUCGACCAACACCGGGCAGCCCUUUCAAGCGACAAACGCCAGUGAGAUUUUCCAAAAUACGGUUGAAGAGUUAUUGACUCGAACAAUUCAUUGGGAUAAUGUUGUUCAGGGGAUCAUAGACCGGGGAAAAGACAUCGGAGUGACCGAGUGUGUGGUCCUUACGCCGGGUUCAUCUUUGCUCGCACGCGACCUGAUCGAAGCGCUGAACUUGGAGUCGAAUGGGUUCAAAACCAGCAUGAUAGACACUAUGAAAUGGAUCUCCCAGUCUAAACCCCCUUUAGAAAGCGCAAGAGGCACCCAACAAGCAAAAAUCGCCAUCGUGGGCAUGUCCUGUCGUAUGCCCGGAGGUGCCAACACCACCGACAAGUUCUGGGAUGUUUUGAACGAGGGUCUUGAUGUGCACGAGAAGAUCCCCACUGAUCGUUUUGAUGUUGAAUCACACUAUGAUCCCACUGGGAAGCGUGUGAACUCUAGCCAUACACCGUACGGUUGCUUCAUUGAUCAACCAGGCCAAUUUGAUGCGCCUUUCUUCAACAUUUCACCUCGUGAGGCCAUGCAGACAGACCCUAUGCAGAGACUUGCGCUUGUCACAGCCUAUGAAGCUCUAGAAAGGGCUGGCUAUGUUUCGAACCGGACGGCAUCAACGGACCUACAUCGCACUGGUACUUUCUACGGCCAAGCUAGUGACGACUACCGUGAAGUCAAUACAAGCCAGGAGAUAGGGACUUAUUUUAUUACUGGGGGCUGUCGCGCCUUUGGUCCAGGUCGUAUUAAUUACUUUUUCAAAUUUUCAGGGCCCAGUUACAGUAUCGAUACAGCAUGCUCGUCAGGACUGGCUGCAAUACAUUUGGCCUGCAACUCGCUUUGGAACGGAGACACAGAUAUGGCAGUGGCAGGAGGGAUGAAUGUGUUGACUAACUCCGACGCAUUCGCUGGAUUGAGCAACGGCCAUUUCCUAUCAAAGAGCCCAAAUUCAUGCAAGACAUGGGAUUGCGAAGCCGAUGGUUAUUGUCGGGCUGAUGGUGUUGCAUCAAUUGUCAUGAAGCGGCUGGAAGAUGCGCAGGCCGACAACGACAACAUUCUCGGAGUGAUUCUGGCGGCUGGAACAAAUCACUCGGCGGAGGCGGUUUCUAUCACACAUCCUCAUGCAGGUCACCAAGCCUACCUCACGCGACAAAUUCUCUCCCAAGCUGGAGUUGAUCCUUUGGACGUCAGCUAUGUGGAAAUGCACGGAACUGGAACUCAGGCUGGUGAUGCUCAGGAGAUCCAAUCUGUCACUGAUGUCUUCGCUCCAUUAACAAAUGCCAAGCGCCGCAGUUCAAAGCAGUCACUACAUAUAGGUGCGGUCAAGGCAAACGUUGGCCAUGGUGAAGCUGUUGCUGGUACAACAGCGCUGCUCAAGGUGUUGCUUAUGUUUGACAAAGAGAUCAUCCCGCCACAUGUUGGUAUCAAGAACGCAAUCAAUCCGGCCUUUUCCAAAGAUCUCAAAGACAGGAAUAUCCACAUACCGUAUCAGAGAGCACCCUGGUCAAGGAAGUCGGACAAGAAGCGUGUUGCUGUUGUGAACAACUUUAGUGCUGCUGGAGGAAACACGAGCAUUGUCAUUGAAGAGCCACCUGAGUCAACCACACCUUGCAAUCGGGACCCACGCUCCAGUCAUGUCAUUGCAGUAUCAGCGAAGAGCAAAAUUUCGUUGAAGGGCAAUCUUCAACGCCUCAUCGCCUACGUGGAAGCAAAUCCGAAUAUUUCUUUGUCAAACUUGGCGUACACAACCACCGCUCGACGUCAUCAUCAUAAUCACCGCGUCGCUGUGUCGGCAUCAGAUUCAAGAUGUCUAGCAAGGCAGCUGAGAUUUACUCUCCAAUCGACGGAGUCCCAUAAAGCGGUCCCCUCAACUGGACAGACCCCAGUUAUAUUUGCCUUCACGGGCCAGGGGGCAUCACAUCGGUCUAGUAACUUGGAACUAUUCAGAGAUUCUCCGUAUUUUCAAUCACAAUUCUUGCAUUUAGACACAAUAUGCCAGGCUCAAGGGUUUCCAUCCAUCAUUCCUGUCAUCGAUGGGAGCUUCCCUGAGAGCCAUUCGCACUCGCCUACAGCCACACAGCUUGCACUUGUUUGUGUUGAGAUGACUUUGACUAAGUACUGGGAAUCCCUGGGGAUCAAACCAGAUGUUGUCAUUGGCCACAGCAUGGGUGAAUACGCGGCUUUGCAUGCAGCGGGCGUGGUUUCUGUCAAUGAUGCUAUCUUUCUUGUUGGUCAGCGAGCUGAGAUUUUGGAGAAGAGAUGUCAACCAGGAAGCCACAAGAUGUUAGCUGUCAGAGCCUCGCUCGAGGAAGUGGUUUCUAAGGCAAACGGGAAACCAUUCGAGGUUGCCUGUCUCAACGGACCAAGGGACACGGUUCUGAGCGGGACAGUUGGCGAAAUCGAAGCACUGGUGGCUGAAUUGGAGAAUUCUGGAGUCAAGUGCUUCGGAUUAGAUGUGGCAUUCUCCUUCCACUCAAAGCAAAUGGAUCCUAUUCUCGAUGAGCUAGAAGCUAUCGCUAGGACAAGGGUCAUCUUCCAUCCUCCAAAGCUACCCAUCAUCUCCCCUCUGCUCGGUAAAGUUAUAUUUGACGAGAGGACAAUCAAUGCCAAUUAUAUAUGCCGAGCAACAAGAGAGACUGUGAAUUUUAUGGGCGCUGUGGAAACGGCAAUCCGCAUCGCAACUGUGGACGAAACGAUGGCGUGGGUUGAACUUGGACCACACCCAGUCUGUGUUGGAUUGGCACAAUCAAUCAUGUCGCCAAUAGGUGCGGCAGUUCCAUCCCUCCAUCGAAGUGAGAAUAAUUGGCAGACACUUUCACAAACUUUGGCUGUUCUUCACUGCGCUGGUGUUGAAGUGAACUGGAACGAGUUUCACAGACCCUUCGAAAAGGACCUGCGGCUUUUGGACCUGCCCACCUAUGCUUGGAACGAGCAGAAUCAUUGGAUACAGUAUAAUGGCAAUUGGGCUCUGACCAAAGGCAACAACUCACAUGGGCUCGAGAUCAGGACACUGCCAAUGACGAGUCUUGACACUCCCGCACGUCCUACGCCCAUAUCUGGGCUGCGAACAUCCCUGGUUCACAAGGUAGUCGACGAAAACUUCUCAGGGUCAACUGGGCGAGUUGUUGUCCAAUCUGAUUUGAUGCAUUCGGAAUUCUUGGCUGCUGCAUGGGGACACAAGAUGAACGGGGCCGGUGUGGUGACUUCGUCAAUAUACGCAGAUAUUAUAUGGACACUUGGAAAGCAUCUUCUAGAAUAUCUCGAUCCAACGGCCGGCAAAAGUGUCUGUGACAUGGAAAUAUCGAACCUUGUCGUGCGUGAAGGCCUAAUUGCGCAAACAAAGACCGAUACGCCGCAACUAAUUCAGAUCUCUAUCAGUACACCUGAUAUUAGAUCAAGAACGGCAUUCAUUGAGAUGCAUAAUGCUUCCGAUGACGGGCUUUCCUUGCUAGACAAUGAUCCGAUCGUGACAGCACAAAUUGUUUAUGGAAACGCAAAGGCCUGGCUCACCAGUUGGGUCCCAUUCAAUCACUUUAUUCAAGGUCGAAUUGAAACCUUAUUGCAACUGGCCGAUAAAUGUGUUGCAAGCAGACUCUCACACAAUAUGGUGUAUGCUCUGUUUGCCGACAAACUGGUCGACUAUGCAGAUAAAUAUCGCGGCAUGCGCUCGGUUGUGCUCCACGGACUCGAGGCUUUUGCUGAUGUUACCAUCAAGGCAACUGGUACGAGCGGCACGUGGACUGUUCCUCCUUUUUUCCUUGAUAGCGUGUGUCAUCUGGCUGGUUUUGUGAUGAAUGUUUCGGACGCCAUGGACACAAAGAACAACUUCAGUGUCACCCCCGGUUGGGGUUCCCUUCGCAUGGCUCGCCCUCUGGUUGCUGGAGCCAUUUACCGAUCCUACGUAAAAAUGAUUCCUACUGCCGAGGACUCGUCAACAUAUCUAGGUGAUGUCUACGUGCUUCAAAGUGACGAAAUUGUGGGUGUCAUGCAAGCUAUGAAGUUUCGUCGGUACCCCCGCGUGCUUCUCAAUCGCUUCUUUUCAUCUCCCGACACAAAGUCUAGUUCUGUGAGUGGUGCAGAUGCUCCAGGUACUGGCAAGCUUGCUCAAUUGGGACGUGUGCCAUCUUCUGCGCCUUCUACGGAAAAGUUCAAUUCAAACGGAGGCUUGCAAUCACCCGCAGAACCCCCCAUGAAAGACACAUCAAUGCAUGCUCCCGCGAAAUGUUUGUCACUUCAACAAAAUAUUGUUGAUACCACAAAGAGGUGUUCUGAAAGUAGUAUUGUCAAUAAGGCAAUGGCGCUCGUCGCUCAUGAAGCCGCUAUGGAGCCUUCUGAUUUGUCAGAUGGUGCCACCUUUGCUAGUCUCGGUGUCGACAGCUUGAUGAGUUUGGUCAUUGCCGAGCGGCUGCGGGAAGAGCUAGGCGUUUCUGUGAGCGGAAGCCUGUUUUUAGAAUAUCCAACUGUAAAGGAUUUUCGAACCUGGUUGGCUGAGUACUAUGGUUGA